AUGGGUUGCUGUGGCUGUGGUGGCUGUGGUGGCGGCUGUGGAGGCUGCGGUGGUGGCUGUGGAGGCUGCAGUGGCUGUGGUGGCUGCGGUGGCUGCGGUGGCUGCGGUGGCUGUGGUGGCUGCGGUGGCUGUGGUGGCUGUUGUACCACAUGUACCUGCCGCCGAGUGGGCUGCUGCUCUGCCUGCUGCCCCUGCUGCUGUGGCUGCUGUGGGGGUUGCUGUAGCCCCACAGUUGUCUGCUGCCGCCGCACCUGCUGCUGUAGAUCUUGUGGCUGUGGCUCCUGUGGCUGUGGCAAGGGCUGUGGCUGUGGCAAGGGCUGCUGCCAACAGAAAUGCUGCCAACAGAGCUGCUGCUGUAAGAAGCAAUGCUGCUGCUAAAGGGGAAGAGCCUGGUCUUUGGAAGGACCAGCUGAGGAUAUACAUGAAGCAUGAAGGUAAGACUUUCUUCUUUUGUCCAUUAUCUGCUCCUCUCUGACAUAAAUGUAAUCACUUUUGACAUACCUUUUGCAAUUUUUUACCUUCUUUUACUAUUUGUUUAUAAGAGAGUAGAUUUUGUGAUGAGCUGUGUAAGAGGAUAAGCCUUGAGACCAAUUUUAAGAGAAGACAAGCAAAAAAAAAUGUUUUUGAUUAGAAUUGAACAAAAUGAUAUGAUUUCUAAUAUUCUAACAUACAACCCAUUUAGAUUCUACUAUGAUAUGUCUGUUCUUUUGGGUAUACUUUAUAAUUAAAAAAUUAUUUUUUGUUCAUUGCUAACGUGCACUAAUAGAUACAAGAAAACCUGUUUUACAAAUCCCUCAAUAAAUGAAAUUAAA